UGACUGUACUCUGCUACGAGCAGUACGAGCAUGCCGAGAAACGUCGAACACGCGCAUGUGUCGCGUAUGUGUAUAAAUCCACCACACCGACAGAUGUUAAUCAGCUGAUCGGACAAUCAAAAUGUAUUAAUGACAAUCAGACAACAUGGCCGCGUCCAGGGUUUUAAUUCUGCGAUGUCGACAGUUUGCCUUUACACGCAUUUAUUCUCCAUUUAACGCAAGUUGUACAUGCUAAUAAUUCUCUGGGAGUGUAUGGCGCUAGUCUGCUGAUAGAUAAAUAUCACCAAAAGUCUUGAUAUCAAAUGUUGUUUGUGCUAAGCGUUUGCGACGUGCGCUUGGCCACAGGUUAGAUCACAUUUGCAUUACAUACGAGAUGAAUUCUCUCUGCAGGAACGUUUCGCUGACGAGAAGCUUACACACCGGCCGCGUGCUUCUGAAGGAAAUCCCGCGAAACCUGAAAGGCAAGAAGCACAGUUCACAGCUAUGGCUGGAAAGGCAGCUGCGCGAUCCCUACGUGGAGAAAGCAAAGCAGGAGAAGUACAGAUGCAGGAGCGCGUUCAAACUAUUGGAAAUCAAUGAAAGAUUCAAGAUCCUCAACCCAGGUCUGACCGUCGUGGAUUGUGGGGCAGCGCCCGGCAGCUGGACUCAGGUCGCCACCAAUCUAACCAAUGCUAAUGGCAAGAAGGAAGGACCUGUUGGUAGAGUGUACGCUGUCGACAAACUCCCGUUUUAUCCCGUAGAAGGUGCGACUGUCUUGGGAAACAUGGAUUUCACGAACAUCAAAACGCAGGAGACUCUAAACAAAUUAUUGCAGGGGGACAAGGUCGAUGUCGUUUUGUCUGACAUGGCUCCAAAUGCAUCUGGCAUAAGAGAGAUAGAUCAUGAUAAUAUAAUGCUACUCGCUUACGCUGCCUUGAGAUUCGCGUUACAAAUCAGUAAGGCACAAAGCACGUUCGUUGUAAAAAUCUGGGACGGUGGUAAGAUGCAACAGUUUGAACAGAAUCUGUUAAAAUUUUACAGUAGCGUCAGGGCAAUUAGACCUGAUGCGACAAGAGACGAAUCAACUGAGACAUUCUUCUUGGCUAGGAGGUUUAAAGGUCUCAAGACGAGCUGAUGUAAUUAAUUAGUUCUUAGAAUUCAUAGGACAAUAGAUUUGUUCGCGUUGAAAUCUCCCAAAUUUUUGCA